AGUGUCUUUCAAGAUCCCUUUACUCCUGAAGUGGAAGGGAGGAUCAGGGUUGAACCAUCACCAAAAAAGGGGAAGUCAGACUGGACGACUGAAUCCUUGACUAGAAGCGAUGUCCUGCUCAGAAAUCUAAUGUGAAGCAAGAACUAGAGAUUGCUAUGGGUUUGUCUGCAUCUUCUCCCUCAAUUGCCCUCCAGGCAAAUAUAUCAGAGCAACCUAAGGCUCCACCUUCAGAAUGUCCAAUGCACCAAAAGAAAAUGGAAGGCUGUCCAAUGCACAUGAAACCUAACCUUGAUGUGAAUCAGAAUGCUUCUGCUCCUGCCCAUCAAGAAAGAGCAUAUGAAUAUGUGGAAUGUCCUAUUAAUGCUCAAAUACCAGAGAAGAUUGAUCCUAGCAAUAUGAUGCCACCUCCUAAUCAGGUUCCAUCGCCUGAUCAGCCAUUUCCAUUAUCGACAGUGAGAGAAGAGUCUUCCAUUCCUAGAGCUGCUUCUGAACAAAAAUGGGUGUAUCCUUCAGAGCAGAUGUUUUGGAAUGCAAUGCUUAAAAAAGGAUGGAGAUGGAAAAAGGAUGACAUAAAGCCUGAAGAUAUGACCAAUAUAAUUAAGAUUCAUAAUCAGAAUAAUGAGCAGGCUUGGAAGGAAAUUUUAAAAUGGGAAGCACUUCAUGCUCGGGAGUGCCCAUGUGGACCUUCACUUGUUCGCUUUGGAGGUAAAGCUAAGGAGUAUUCACCAAGAGCCAGAAUACGAUCCUGGAUGGGGUAUGAGCUGCCUUUUGAUAGACAUGAUUGGAUUGUUAACCGCUGUGGAACUGAAGUCCGAUAUGUCAUUGAUUAUUAUGAUGGAGGAGAAGUAGACAAGAACUAUCAGUUCACCAUUUUGGAUGUGCGCCCUGCUUUUGAUUCCCUGACUGCUGUGUGGGACAGAAUGAAGGUGGCCUGGUGGCGCUGGACCUCAUGACUACUUUUGUCUAGUAUGAACAACAUUUAGGACUAUUUUAUUUCAGAGUGGUGUUGCACUGACCUUAGACUUUAAUAAAGUUUAUGGUGACAACCUUUUUAUUAAUACUGUGCUUGCCAUUGCGGGGCAAACUACAUUUCUUUAAGCAGGGAUUUGGUAAAACAAAAUACAGUACAUUUGCUGUCUGCUUUUGGUGGUGUUCUACUGAAACUAUAAAAGUCAUGGAAAACCGAUGGUUCAAUAAAGGAUGCACAGAAGGCACUCAAGCUAGUGACUCAAGUUGCAUCACUGCUUGGAAACAGAGAUAGUUGAGAUCUGUUAUUAAAGAAGGGGAAUCUUAUGUAUGCCUUUACUGUAAGAGCUUCAUAUUGAAUUACAGUAAUUUAUUUGAGAGAGAAGAAUGUAGUAUUAUUUAAAAUAAUACUUUCUAGCAAAAAUAGGCAAAAGCAACAACAUAAAUAUAGUUUAAAUCAACAAGGUUAAAUGUGUUUUGGACUAAUUUAUAUACUGAAGCCUAAGUCCAAUAAGGUGCUAGUAUUGCAGUGCCUGGCUGAUGAAAUUUCCUUCCUGUUCUGCAGCCCUUAGAACACCGUGUCCCGGUGUUUUACUUGUUCUCUGAAGCAUGUAGUCUUGUGGUCCAGACAGUGGUGUGCCACCAUGUGUUUUGGAUUCCAGCUCUCAGAAUUCCUCACCAUUGGACAAGUUGGCUAGGACUUCUGGGAGCUGGAGGCCCAAAGAUCUGAAGGCUACAAGUAUGAUGGCUCUGUACUGUUAGAUGUGUUGAUCCCCCUCUUGCUUUCAUUUUAUUCUCAUUUUCUGUCAGCAGCAGCCAAGAA